CUGCAAUCAGAGCCACUGCGACAAAAGGUUCGGUCACUGCUGCUGCAGCCAAGGAAAUUGAGGCAUAAUCCGGUCCAAAUCGGAACAGUCGUGCUGGAUCACCAGCGCCGCUCAGGGCGCCAAACAGGUGCAGCGGCGGCACUAACAGCAGCAACUCCAGCAACUGAGCCGAGGAAAAUAAAACCACUCGUCGCGGGCAAAUCGAAAGUCGGAAAAACUGACAGCAACCGCGACAGCCGAGCAGCAGCAGCUGCCAGCACCUCGGCCACAUCCGCCACUGCAGAAGCAACUGCAACAACAGCAGCAGCAGCAACAGCAGCAACAGAAGCGGAAGGAGCAGCAUCUGCGACAGCAGCCAAAAUCAGCCAAGUGAGGCUUACUAACCAAGCGACAACAAGCAUGUUACUUCUGCAGCCCAAUAGCUCCUUUAGUUCAUUGUCGCCCUUCGAUAAUUUCUCCACGCAAACUGCCUCGACGACCUCCACGACGUCGGCAUCGGCUGCUGGACACCACCAACACAAUAACCAUAACCACCUCCUCCAUCAGCAGCAUCACCACCAGCAACAGCAACAGCAACAGCAACAGCAACAGCAACAUCAACAGCAGCAGCAGCAGCAGGAACAUCUGCAACAGCAACAGCAGCAACACCUAGUAAAUCCUCAGCAACACCUGCUUAAGUCGGAGACGCUGCUCUCGCAUGAGGAGGAUCAGUUGAUCAGCAACCUGACAGACUCGUCUGUGGUGUCGCACAGCGAACUCUUCUCGGAUCUCUUUUUCCCCUCGGACUCCAACAACUCCCUGCUCUCGCCCACCACCAACGGCUACCCGGACAAUCCCGCCGAGGAUCUGACCAGCUCCAUUGAGAAUCUCACCAAGUUGACGUGCCUGCGGGACAAGCGAUUGUCCUCGAUCCCCGAGCAGCAACUCAGUUCCGAACAGGAGCAGCAGCUCUGUCUGCUCAGCCUGCGUUCCAGCAGCGAUCCGUCUAUUGCACUUCACGCACAGCAGCAACAGCAGCAGCAACAACAUCAGCAGCAGCACCACCACCACCUUCAACUCCAGCUGAUCUCGCCCAUCGGAGGGCCCUUGUCCUGUGGCAGCAGUUUGCCCAGCUUCCAGGAGACCUACUCCCUGAAGUACAACAGCAGCAGCGGAAGCAGCCCCCAGCAGGCGUCGUCCUCCUCCACCGCCGCCCCCACGCCCACUGACCAGGUGCUAACCCUCAAAAUGGACGAGGACUGCUUCCCGCCGCUGUCCGGCGGCUGGAGUGCCAGUCCGCCCGCCCCUUCCCAGCUGCAGCAGCUGCACACCCUGCAGUCCCAGGCCCAAAUGGCGCAUCCCAGCAGCAACAACAGCAACAACGCGGGCAACAGCCACAACAAUAGUGGGGGCUACAACUACCACGGGCACUUCAAUGCCAUCAAUGCCAGCGCCAAUCUGUCGCCCAGCUCCUCGGCGAGUUCCCUGUAUGAAUAUAACGGUGUCUCCGCAGCUGACAACUUCUACGGACAGCAGCAGCAGCAGCAGCAGCAGCAACAGCAACAGCAGAGCUACCAGCAACAUAACUACACCUCGCACAAUGGCGAGCGUUACUCGCUGCCCACGUUCCCCACGAUUUCGGAGCUGGCUGCGGCCACUGCAGCUGUGGAAGCUGCGGCGGCGUCCACCAUCUCCUCUCCUUCGGUGGGCGGACCACCGCCCCUUCGCCGAGCGUCGCUGCCCGUUCAGCGAACCGUCUCACCAGCCGGAUCCUCGGCGCAGAGCCCAAAGCUCGCUAAGAUCACGCUGGGCCAGCGGCACUCCCAUGCCCACGCUCUACAGCUCAGCUCGGCUCCCAAUUCAGCGGCCAGUUCGCCGGCAAGUGCGGAACUCCAGGCGGGCCGACUGCUCCAGGCUCCGUCGCAGUUGUGUGCCGUUUGUGGUGACACCGCUGCCUGCCAGCAUUAUGGAGUGCGAACCUGCGAGGGAUGUAAGGGAUUCUUCAAGCGGACCGUGCAGAAAGGCUCCAAGUACGUGUGCCUGGCGGACAAGAAUUGCCCGGUGGACAAGAGGCGCCGCAACCGUUGCCAGUUCUGUCGGUUCCAAAAGUGCCUGGUCGUAGGCAUGGUCAAGGAAGUGGUGCGCACGGACUCGUUAAAGGGACGCCGGGGAAGACUGCCCUCAAAACCGAAAUCUCCCCAGGAGUCGCCGCCAUCGCCACCCAUCUCGUUGAUCACGGCCCUGGUGCGAAGCCACGUGGACACGACUCCGGAUCCCUCGUGCCUGGACUACAGCCACUACGAGGAGCAGUCGAUGAGCGAGGCAGAUAAGGUGCAACAGUUCUACCAUCUGCUGACCAGUUCAGUGGACGUGAUCAAGCAGUUCGCCGAGAAGAUUCCCGGCUACUUUGAUCUCCUGCCGGAGGAUCAGGAGCUGCUCUUCCAGAGCGCUUCCCUGGAACUGUUCGUCCUGAGGCUGGCCUAUCGCGCCAGGAUCGAUGACACCAAGCUGAUCUUCUGCAACGGCACGGUGCUCCACCGAACCCAGUGUCUGCGGUCCUUUGGCGAGUGGCUCAAUGACAUCAUGGAGUUCAGCCGCAGCCUGCACAGCCUGGAGAUCGACAUCUCAGCCUUCGCCUGCCUCUGUGCCCUCACCCUGAUCACAGAACGCCAUGGCCUGCGGGAGCCGAAGAAGGUGGAGCAGCUGCAGAUGAAGAUCAUUGGCAGUCUGCGCGACCACGUCACCUACAAUGCCGAGGCCCAGAAAAAGCAGCAUUACUUCAGCCGCCUGCUGGGCAAGUUGCCCGAGCUGAGAUCCCUGAGCGUCCAGGGACUGCAGAGGAUCUUCUACCUGAAACUGGAGGAUCUUGUGCCCGCGCCAGCCCUCAUCGAGAACAUGUUCGUCACCACAUUGCCCUUCUAGAGGCGAUCGAGCGAAUUCUCACAACUUGCUUCCUUAAACUAGCCCCUAAGUUAUGCCUCCUAAGAUAUACAGAGAAAGGACACAAUAGAGUACCCAAGUAGCUUUAGUAGAACCCUGAAAUAAAUAAAUCUCACCAUAGCAAAAAGAAAACCGAAACAACACGUAACGCAGACCCAGGCCAUAUCCUUAGUGUAGAGCUAGAUAGUUUGCCGGACAGCCCCGGCUCCUUCAAUAAUUACGGACAUGAAUAUUUGAGACAGAGUUUCCAGUGCACAGAAUAUGGCUCCUGCGUGACUCGUCAGCACCGCGGGUUCCAACUUGUUGACGUUAAUUGUUAAAUUGUUUAAUUUCAACUGUCAAAAGCGGAAUCAACGGCCAGACACGCAAUGAAAACACUUCUUAUCCCAGGACUUUGAAGCUUGCUCAACAACAUUCGGCACUACGGACGGACAACCAACGGACAGAACUCUCUUGCUCUCUUGCCUUUUGCUAACUUCUAGUCAAUUGAUUUAGGCGAAACAAAUAAAUAAAUAAAAGCGUGCAGCAGUAGUGUUAUAUAAUUUAUAUGCUAGACUCCAGCGGUUCUCUUCAAGGAAAUCCCCCAAUGAGUUGUAGUAAUUGCGAUAAAAUACGAUAACCUAUUAUUUUUAAUAUCUAUUAAGAGUUCUAAGAUAAAGGAGAAUUAUGUGGACUUCCACUAUCAUAUCAUAUAGCAGAGCCGUGCUUGCCCUAAGCUAAUACAGACCCGCAUAAAGUUGAGAGCCCAACCAAGUAUUUUGGUUUAGUACUAGACUAAGGUCCUAAUAGUUAUAGGCUAAGACUUUUCUGUUCGAUUUAUCAAAGCACCAAAAAGUGCACAAUGAGAGUAUAAGUACCUUUUUGUGAUGAUUGUGUCUGACACAGAGAGAGUUGCACACAAACACACAAACUAGCCGAUAAGUUACUAUAUACGAUCUAUUAUAUAUAAUCUGUAGCGUAAGCCCAAGUAUUCGGUAAUCCAAGAUCCUUGUAAAACCGUAGUUCGUACGUUCCAAACAAGAAAAUAACUUUAUUCAAUCCUAGACCACUCCAUCUAAGUUCUCAAAGAAUCGUAUAUGGAUCGUUGGAUCAGUCUCUCUAUGUGUGUGUUAUCUCGAUAAAAAAAACCCUCUAUGUGAUUUUGUGAUAGAUUGGCAUUAAACUCUAUAUAUUUAUAUAUAUUUCUAUAAUAUAUAUACACGCAUAAAUAUCUAUUUUUAUGUCUAACUUUUGUAUGGUUUAUUUUAUACGUACCACUUACCAAAAUUAAAAAGUGAAAUGAUCGUUAGAUAGCUAAUAUUUCAAAGGUAUGUUACGAGGACUUUUCAAAGUACCAGUCUUUAACAACUUUCCAAUUAACGUUCGUAUUAACGAAAGACAUUUUCUAAGUGUUAAAUUGAAGACUUCUAUAGCUAAGUGCAAACUAAGAGCAAAAACACAAAACCCCAAAGUGAAUAACAUAUCUUUUCAAGCUUUCGAGUGCACGGAACACGUAGAACCGAAACCCAAGUGUUACUAAAUCUAUUUAAUAUUCCGCAAGCCUGGGGCAUGGGUGUGGUUAAUAAGUUCGCAUUACCUAUACAAUUUAGAUAGAUCAUUAUUAAAUUAUUAUACGUGUAGCACAUCAAAUGUUCGACAACUAGAUUUUGUACCAUCUUAAAGAAGAACCUAGGCCAAGCUAAACUAAGUAUAAACUAUGAUCUGCCUGCGGCUGAGCUGUAGCUAUGAAAAAUAUACCUGCGCGGGUUUAAGUGAAAUGGGACAUUUUCGAUUUACAUUUAGAUAUGAAACGUUAUAAACGGGCCGUGCUAAGUUUCCCAACAGUAAAAACUACUUGUUGCAAAAUUACUAUAUACAUCAACCAAAUAUGAGAUAUUUCCAAAACUCCAAUAGUUACAUGCCUGAAAAUUGUAAACCACGUGUAAGAAUGGCAAAGCAACCCAUCUCACUUGAACCUACCAAUCAACCGACCUACAUCCUAGGAAAGUUGAGAGGUUUAGUAACCAUAGAGCAAUAUUUCAUAAGGAAACGCACCUUAAAUUACCGAAAAAAAUUAAUAAACGUGAUCUUGUAACGGUUGGGAGCGAUAAUAAGCCAGGAUGAAACGAUGACACAGGAACAGUUAGGUGACCAAAUCAAUUUGAAAUGAGAUGAUAGAUAGGUUCGGGUUCGAAACCCUCAAAGCGAUGCCAUUUUAGCCGUUACAACAUUGAAUAUCAAUCAUGCACAUGAAUAUGAAAAUGAAUAUUAUAGAGAUAUAUCUAGCUAUAGGAACCUACUUUGUACCUACACAACAUGGAACCAUCAAACCUACAUGCAUAUUUACACACAUAUAUUUUGAAUAGAGCGACGACUUUUACAAGUUAUGUACACAGCUAUAGCUAUAGCUGGAUAUGGCCAUCCCAGAGCGAGCAUAUACAUAUAUUUUGGGUUAUUGUUCUUUUGUAAUUUUAUAAAUGCAUACAUAUUUACUACGUGAAUGUCAAGUGUGGAUUCAUAUUUUUGAGAUACCGCUACAAAACGAAACAAAAACAGUAAACGUGAAAUUUUUCGAUGAAACAAUUUUAAACGAGAACUUUUUAAUAUUGCUAUUAAAGGAUAUACACACAUUAACAUAUAUAUUUUACUAUGUAACGGAUAGAAUUAACCUAAAUGCAGCGCAUAAAGCUUUAUACAACAAAUUGAAAGCAACAGAAAUUGGCACAAAUUAAAUUUAUAUUGCAUAUUUAGACGUUUUUCGAAAGAUAAUGCCAUUCGUAAGAAGAGCGUCUAUUGGUGCUUCGGGCGCUAUUUCCCCACUACACCAAUACCACACACCAGAUAACCUAAGCUAUACAUUAUCCAACCCAACUAUGCGCCUACUACUAGUAAUGCAGAAAGCAGGAGAGGUGAAACCUAUAGACGCUAUGAGAAAUGUCUAUCUAAUAGAUAUCGGUACUACCAAUGCAAAAUAACAAGUUGUGUAAUUUACCCUUUUUUGAUCGUUUCAUUUACCAGUUAAGUAUCCAAAUCAUAUGAGUGUUAUGAAGAAAACCCUAUAACUUGCAAUUCAUUUAACUCUGCAAUACGAUACCAAGCAAAGCGAAUCAUUUCAUUUCGAUUUAAUCUUAAAUUAUAUACCUAAACGAUGUAAGCCCAAAAUAAACGUUUUUUCUAUAUCUGUCUUUUGAGCAAAUUAGUUAUACGCAAAA